AUGCGUCUCAGCAUUGCUUCUGUCGUCGGUCUCGUCAUCGCUCCUGCGUUGGCGGGUUGCCCAUAUGCUCGGAAUCUAGGCUUGGAUGCCGACAACGAAAAGAACCCUCACAUCAAUGUAGCGCGAGAUGCUGCAUCGGUGAGCUCUUCGGCAUCUAUCCCAUCUGCAACGCCUGCUGUUGGGAAGAAAGGCGUUUUCUACAUGAACCGUAUCGGUCCCUCAGGAUCACAGCUUUGGAUUUCUAACGCAGAUGGCACCAAUGCAACUCAAUUAAUGGGUAACCAAACUGGGGCAUUCGAUUACCAUCCUACUUGGUCACAAGAUGGAAAAUGGAUCGUAUUCACCGGUGAACGACGCGGAGCAGGCCAGUCAGACCUAUACCGUGUGCAUCCCGAUGGAACUGGCUUAGAAACCCUGAUAGAUACUGACAGUGUGGAGGAUGCUGGCACACUGUCGCCGGAUGGAAACACUCUGGCAUAUGUUUCCACACAUGGAAAUUAUACGAUGAAUAUUUGGGUCAAAGAUCUUCGCACAGGCGUCGCUCGCAAUCUUACCGAUACCCCGGCAAACCGUGCGGACAACACUUGGCCUACUGGUCACUACCGUCCUUCAUGGUCCCCCGAUGGCAAGUGGCUUGCGUUCAGUUCUGAUAGAGAUAACGACUGGACCGGCCAUAGUGAAGGAGUCGGUUGGGAACAUACCCAGAAUCUUGGAAUCUAUAUCGUUCGCCCAGAUGGUUCAGGAUUCCGCAAGAUUCUUCAUCAGCAUGGCUUUGCUUUGGGUACACCCCAAUGGUCACCGGAUGGCAAGCGCCUUAUCUACAACAACAUGACAAGGGAGAACACAUAUUAUGCGCACGGUGUUUCUACAGAACAAUUGUUGGUUCCCUCUCAGAUCUACAGUGUUGAUGUUGCCUCGGGCAAGAAUAUCAUCAAGCAUGUCUCCGACGAUAACCUCAAGGUUGGCCAGCACUAUAUCGGCAAUUCAACCAAAAUCGGUUAUUUGAUUAAGGCUGGCACCUCAGAGGGAAUUAGCUACAGUUGCCCUGAUAGGACGCAUAAGUCCUUCAACUUGACGGGUCUUCGAGAGCCAUCCUGGUCUCCCGAUGGUUCCAAAAUUGUCUAUAAUGUACUCAACUGGGACCAGCAGGCCGGUGAUCUUCAACUGUGGAGCUUCGAUAGCGAAUGGGAUUAUCGGUAUAUGGAUGUCUUCCCCAUGCACAAUGUUGCUUCCAACACACUUGGUAUCACUCAAAAGGUACUGGGAGGUGCAAACAGCUCACUUGUGACUUCAUCGACCAAGUACACCGAUCUGAUUGACUCGCUCGACUCUUACGACAUCUAUUCCUUCGAUAAUAGCACAGAAGUUGAGUGGUUGGUAGAAGGUAACUCCGGUGCCUUCCAGCCUUCUUUCAGCCCAGACGGCGACGAACUCGUUGUGGGAUUCGGUGCCUGGUUUGUAACUCGCUCCACCGAUACUGGAGCUAUCUACCGUGUUGCAGCCAAUGGUAGCUCCCAUACCAAUUUGACUGAUUGGGAAAACAACGCCGGAUUUCCUUCGUGGUCUCCUGAUGGAACAGCAAUGGUGUACCGUCUGUGGAAUAUUGAGUCUGGCGCCCCUCAGGGAAUCCAGAUGUAUAACUUUACCACUGAUGAGACGACCAAGUUGACUCAUGGUUGGGAUAACACUCCUGGUUGGUCACCUGAUGGUGAGAGGAUUGUCUUUACACGUAAUAACAACUGGACGGAGUCUUAUGGAGCCCGUUGGUAUGCCGAUCGUUUUGAUAUCUAUACCAUUCGCCCCGAUGGUUCCGAUUUAACCCAGGUCACCGACAGUCUGGCCAAUGAUGCACAUGCUGUUUGGUCUCAGGAUGGUCGUAUUAUGUGGUCUACUGGAAUGUACGGUUUCAAGGAUGAGAGCGCCCUCUACGACAACACCUUCCAGCCAUACGGUCAGAUCAUGGUCAUGAACUACGACGGAACCGACAAGCAUAUUGUCACAGACACAAUUUGGGAGGACUCCAUGCCCCUGUACAUGCCUAAUGAGUACCUUCAAUAA